UGAGGGCGGAAGGAAUCUUUAACAGCCUUUUAUUUAGUCAAAUUGACUCCAACUUCGAAAACUGCGGCAGACUGAAAUAAUUAUUUCAAUUCAUGAUAGUGACUACGUGCCUCGCACUAGACAAAACAUAAACAUACUUGAACUUGAACUUUGAAGUGAUAGUGUAAGGUAUUGAUAGACAGAAGACACGUACAAUAUAUAUCUUGUCAACUUUUCUCUCAGUUCCUCGGAAAUGAACGCAAAUAAUCUUGCACAGCUUCAUAAGUAUGAACCACCUAAGUGGGCUUCAUCCCUGAAGAACAUUCCAAAGUAUUUCCUCAAGCUUGCUCAACGUAACACUCCAAUCCAUCCAUGGAAUAUUCCCAAUGCCCCAAAGGAGUUUUCAAUAUCCAUCAAAAGGGAUGACCUUACCGGAUGUGCUCUGUCUGGAAAUAAGGUUCGUAAAUUGGAGUUUGUCUUGGCUGAUGCUUUAGAGAAGAAGUGUGACACAGUUAUAACAUGUGGUGGUCUCCCUUCCAAUCAUUGUAGGACUACUGCAGUUGCAGCAAAACAACUUGGUUUGAAUUGUUACUUGCUGCUAAGAAGUUCUGAUCAGGAGACAGUCAAUGUUGGAUGUAAAGGGAAUCUUCUUUUAAGUAGGAUGGCUGGAAGUAAUAUUAUUCUUGUUCCAAAGUUGAAAUAUAAGGCUGGCCUUCAACCAAUGAUGGAGAAAAUGGCAGAAAAAUUGUAUAAUGUGGCUGGUGUACCCAAGGGAUUGGGAGUUUUUGUAUCCCAGUCCCACCUGGGAUUGUGAUUAACAUAUAACUUCUCCUUAUAAUAUCCAUAUCUUAUCCAGCAAACAGAUAAU